AGAUAAAAUAGAGAUAAACUGACCAUGUUGUUUACAAAGUGUUGAUGGCGGCGGUGAUGGUGGCGGUGAGAAGACCUUAUUGGUAACACAAAUACACACCUGCCCACACCUGGCCACCCACACACCCACGAUGGAGUCAGCUGAAGAAGAUGGGCGCUCCAGUCCCUCAGCAGGGGAGGAUUCUGACAACGAGUCCAUGAAGUCGGUCGCCUCCCGCACCUCCAGGGCCUCCCGCGCUUCUGCCUCCUCCAGGGCCUCCCGCCGCUCCAGUGUCAGCAGUGCCGCCAAUGCCAGUGACGACGAGGCUGGCCGACGGUCAGGGGUCGGCAGCGACAGUGAGGUGGAGGAGAGACGGUCGGUGAUGGACAGCGACGAGGAAGACAACACCGGGAGACAAGAAGACGAGGGGGGGAAGAAGGAUGGCAGCCCUCCCUCCUCGCCCCCCAUGGACCGCCCCUCCUCCCCCCGCGACGACCAGGAUGAGGAGAAGAAGAAAGUGUCGGAGGAGGUUUUCGGGGCAUCAGACUCAGAGGGGGAGGGGGCCAAGGCAGGCGGGGUCAGUCCAAGGUCACCAAGGUCACCAAGAUCAUCACCGCGUGCCUCCCCACCUCAGAGUCCCGCUAGGUCAAAAUCUGGGUCUCGUUCCAGGUCAAGAUCAAGAUCCAGGUCGAAAUCUGGCUCAAGAUCAAGGUCAAGAUCGAAAUCUGGGUCACGUUCAAGGUCAAGAUCGAAGUCUGGGUCACGCUCAAGGUCAAGAUCGAAAUCCGGGUCACGUUCAAGGUCGAGGUCAAAGUCAGGGUCACGUUCAAGAUCGAGGUCAAAGUCUGGGUCAAGAUCACGGUCAAGAUCAAAGUCUGGAUCCCGUUCUAGGUCAAGAUCGAAGUCAGGCUCAAGGUCAAGGUCAAGAUCGAAGUCCAGGUCGCGUUCCAGGUCAAGGUCGAAGUCCAGGUCGCGCUCCAGGUCUGGGUCAAGGUCCAAAUCAAGGUCCAGGUCAAGGUCACGCUCAGGAAGUUCCCGUAGCAGGUCACGAUCGAGGUCAAGGUCAAGGUCGAGGUCAAGAAGCCGGUCUGGGUCACGGAGUGGAUCUGCCAGGUCACGGAGCGGCAGCAGCAGGUCACGCUCAAGAUCACGCUCCAGGUCAAAGUCAGGGUCGAGGUCAGGCAGUGGGUCGCCUCGGAAACGCAAGGUGCUGUCGGAUUCCGGUGGAUCGGAUUCGGAUAUCGGAAAGCGGAAGAAGCAGGUGAAGAGGAAGAAGAGGAGCAGUGGAAGUGGUUCAGGGUCAGGGAGGGUCAGCGACUCAGAUGACGAGGCUCCGAGACACAAGAAGCCAGCUGGGAAGAGGAGGAAGAAGGCCAUGCUGAGUGGGAGUGACAGUGACAGCAGUGGGCCAGAGAGAGGCAAGAAGAACAAGGGGAGUGGAUUAGAGUCAGGGGGUGAGGGAGCGCCACCAGGGAGCCCCGUGCCUGGCGAGGGGGUGGAGGAGGGGCCGGAGGGUGGUGAGAAGGCACUCCCGCAGCUCUCAGACAGCGACGAUGAGGCAAUCAGGCAGCAGGCGAAGAACAGUGACGAGCAGUACUUUGUAAAUGAUUUUGAUAUGAUGAUGGCCAAGAAGAAGGAGGAGGGAGGCAAGCUGAGGCGACGCAAGAAUAACGUUGACAUCAUCAAUGAUAAUGAGGAGCACAUUGCCAUCAUCGUCAAGAGGAUGCGUCAGGCAGCAGAGGAGGACCGGAUGCUGAACGAGAAGCACCUGCCAGCCACUAAAAAGAUCGCAAUGCUCAACUUGGCCAUGAGUCAGAUCAACAAGCACAACUUAAUCGAGGGGUUCCUGGACGCCAACAUCCUCUCUGCCCUCACUGACUGGCUGGCCCCCAUGCCCGACCGCUCCCUGCCGGCUGCCAAGAUCAGGGAGGCUGUCAUCAAGUGGCUGACGCAGCUGCCGCCACUCUCGCAGGACAUGCUGAAGACGUCGGGCAUCGGUAAGGCCAUCAUGUACCUGUACAAGCACCCCAAGGAGCUUAAGCUGAACAAGGACCGUUGUGGCCGCCUCAUCUCCAUGUGGUCGCGUCCUAUCUUCAACGUGUCCGACGACUUCAAGAGUCUGAGCCGAGAGGAACGUCUGCAGCGGGACCUGGACUUGCAUCAGGCGUCGGGGGUCACCAAGAAGGACGAGCUGCAGUUUGAUGAGUCAGGGAAGCCCCUCAGACCUGGAGACCCUGGCUGGUGCUAUCGUGCCCGUGUGCCCCUGCCCUCUGUCAAGGACUACGUCAACAGGCCCAAGUGGAAGUCAGAGGUGGAUCUUAGCCGGGGUUCCAAGAAGGAGAUGAACCGCCUGGAGAAGCAGAUGCGGGCGUUCCAGGAGAAGAAGAGGAUGUCCAAGGCCAGGCGAGCCGUGUCCAUCAGCAUUGAGGGCCGCAACAUGGCACUCUGAGUCUCCUGGUGCCGGCAGUGACCUCACACACACACAUAGACACACAGACAGGCAGAUACUCGCAUUCAAACACACACACGCACGCACACACAUACUUAAACUACCAAUACAACAAGAAGAAAAGCUAAUAACACACACACACACACACACACACACAAGUAUAGUGCCAGAGGGCCUCACCGUAAGUGCCCAGUGCCACAUAUUCACCCAGAACGAUUUCCUUUUAUUUUAACGCACUCAUUUUAACCUCAUGUCUUUUGGACAGUUUGAUUUCUCCCUGUCAUGGCAUUUUGAUCUAUUAGUGAGCAUUUCCACCCUUGACAUUUUACUCCUACCCUUAAUUGAUGUUCAGGGUGUGUUUGAAACCCUAAUGUAUAUAUAUAGAGAGCGUGAAGUGAGGUUAGGUUAGGUUAGGUGAGAGGACACUUGUAUUUGAGUUGUGCUGCGAGAGGUGUUGCUUGGUGUUGCCAUGCACAAUGUGGCUUGGACUAUUUUGAAAGCUUGUGUUGAUAUUUUGUGGGAUUUUAGAUUGACUGGACGGUUCAGCUCGUUCAUUUCAGAAAUCUUGACAGUUUCUAAGCCGAAAUUUUAAGUUGAUGGUGUGUACGAGCUGGUGGACUGAUUAAUUGAUUAACUUAUUAUUGUUUACCUUCAUAACCGUGACAGUUGAUGGUGGAAAGCUGAUAGACUGACGGUUGGUUUUGCUAGUUGCUGUAAGUCCUUGGAUGGAGGGAAUCAGUGGAAGUUGAGUUGAUUGAUUAAGUUAUUAUUGCUCAUUCUGAUAAUCCUGACAGUUCUCACUCCAAACUUCACCUCAAAGCUUAUUUUGUCACCGAUAAGACUUUUUGAAUGGAGAGGAAGGUGAUAAUUGAGUUGAUGAUUGAGUAACUUAUUGCUCUGAAUCCCGACAGUUGAUGAUUGAAAACUGACAAGACUGAUUGAUAACCUGUUUUGUCAAUAAUAAGACCUUGGAUUAAGUGAACAAAUUAAUUAAGGAAUAGAUUCAUUAAUAACAUCACCGACACUUGCAACACACAGACAGUUCAUAUUUCAAGACUUAUCCAUCCAUCCAUCUAUACACCAGACCAGCAGUCCCACACAGGAUAGCCCAGACACAAACACACACACACACACACUUAGCCCCAUCAGCCACUGGUGGAGAGGGACAGUCUGUGAACCAGCCUACUACACAUUAGGCACACCACAGCUGGCCACACACACCCACAGCAAGGCCCCACAGCACAUAAUUUAUCUAUCUAUAUAUAUACCAGACAAGGCAACACACACACACACACACACACACACCAUUCACACUGGUAGUCCUAUCAGUGGAAAGGAACUGUUGAUAUGCCUAAAAACAGAAGAUCCUUGUUGCUAAUGAUAAGUUUUUGAAUACAGUAAUUUAGAAACUGAAGGAGAUUUAAAUUUUAUUAUUGGUUAUAUUUUAUUUUUGGCUCAGGAUGCUUUUUUUGAAAUUAACAAAGAAAAGUAUCAAGUAAAGGAUGAGGAAAGAUUAUUAGAUGCAUAGAGAGAAAUGUAAGCAAUGCGAGACCUCAGAAUAGUGUGGGAAUGAAAGGCUGCUGGAUACGAGACAAAUAUUAGUUAAAAUCAGGAAAAAGAAAAGGAUGAAAACUAAUGAAAAAUAACGUAGAAUUAAAGAAGAAAAAAAAAAAAAUCAAAGCUAAAGACAGUUAAACAAAAAAAUGUAACCAAGAUAAAAAAAAAAAAAAAAAGUAAAGGGUGUAGGUUUGCAUAUCACAACAGCAGAGUGGAGUUGAGGAUUGUGUGAGGAGGAUCAGAACCCACUCAAGGAGGAUCUAAGCGUGUUUACUGUGAGGAGGAGACUUCUACAUAGGAUUAAGAUUACAGUGGUGCCCUUGUUCUCACCACAGCAAUGUAUGUAGCAUUGGAAUAAAUUAUGACACUGGAAA